GGCCCCGACGAGGGCGGGCAGAUCGUCUUCCAGCGGUCGCCCGACGGCACCCCGCCGGAGGGCUGCAUCGGGCCGCAGGAGGCCUCGCUCGGCGACCCCAAGCUGGUCGGCGGCAGGGGCUGCGCCCUGCGGGUGGUGUUCUCCGGCGACGACG